AUAUGUUAAUAACAAAGUGAAGCACCAAAAAUAAAUAGUGUUAUGAUAUUGAUGGAACCCCUACCUGCACUCUUCGAAUCUCCUAUCCCCCAAUCUCCCUCAUAGAAACACACACACACACACUCAAUCUCGCCCUAUUGGAAUUUCAUCCUCCGCUCAUCAAUCUCAUUGCAUUUCUCAAUCAAGAUACGCUAUUUGUGUACGAAUACGCCGUUUGCAUAGCUUCUCUACUGAUACGGACUUCAUUUGCUUAUCGAUCUCUGCGUCGCGCUAAUUUAUGUUUUGGUCAAUUGUGCUGGGUGUUACUGAAUCUGAAGGCGGUGUUUGGAGGGGAUUUGGCUCCGGGAGAUGAGGAUUGUUUGCAAGAGGAAUCGAGAUUAGGAGACAGAAUGCCCGGGAUAGCGCAGAAGAUUAAUGUUUGCGGCGGUUCGAAUGGGACUGUUUAUCACAAUUCAUUGCUGGGAAAUAGUGCCUUGCCGUAUCACUCCUUUAAUGGAUCGUCGGUCUCCGCCAAUGGCUUCUGGCCCAAGCAUCGUGAUGAUAUGAGCUACAAUCAGCUGCAGAAGUUUUGGUGUGAGCUGUCAACACAAGCUCGGCAGAAACUUGUGAGGAUUGACAAACAGACACUAUUUGAGCAUGCUCGUAAGAAUAUGUACUGCUCUAGGUGCAAUGGAUUGUUGCUUGAAGGUUUUUUACAGCUUGUUUUGUAUGGAAAGUCUCUACAGCAGGAUGCAACAAGUGGCCAUUACAGUGGGCGAACCAUGAAAAAUCAGAACUGUGGCAACUUGUGUAUUGACAGUGAAUGCCAAGAUAAUGUGAUUGAUCCGUCUCUCCAUCCUUGGGGUGGAUUAACUACUGCCAGGGAAGGGACGUUGACGCUUUUGGACUGUUACCUUCACUCAAAGUCUUUGAAGGGUCUCCAAAAUGUAUUUGACAGUGCACGUGCAAGGGAAAGAGAACGCAAGUUGCUCUAUCCUGAUGCAUGUGGAGGAGGUGGUCGGGGAUGGAUAAGCCAAGGAAUGACAGGAUAUGGUAGAGGGCAUGGAACAAGAGAAACUUGUGCUCUUCAUACUGCUAGAUUAUCAGUGGAGACAUUGGUCGACUUUUGGUCAGCCCUUGGAGAGGAGACUCGGCAAUCUCUUCUGAGGAUGAAAGAAGAGGACUUUAUUGAAAGGCUCAUGUAUAGGUUUGACAGCAAAAGGUUUUGUAGAGAUUGUCGAAGAAAUGUGAUACGUGAAUUUAAGGAUCUGAAAGAGCUGAAGCGCAUGAGAAAGGAUCCUCGCUGUACCAGCUGGUUUUGUGUAGCAGAUUCCGUCUUCCAAUAUGAGGUUUCUCAUGAUACAGUUCGAGCUGAUUGGCAUCAAACAUUUUUAGAUGCUUGUGGAACGUAUCAUCACUUUGAAUGGGCUAUUGGAACUGGAGAAGGAAAAUCUGAUAUCUUGGAUUUUAAAAAUGUUGGGCUGAGUUUAAGGGUUCAAGUGAAUGGUCUAGAUCUAAGUGGUCUGAGUGCUUGCUACAUAACUCUAAGGGCUUGGAAAAUGGAUGGACGAUGCAAUGAACUGUGUGUGAAAGCUCAUGCUUUGCGAGGGCAACAAUGUGUUCAUUGCAGGCUAGCUGUUGGUAAUGGAUAUGUAACAGUUAUUAUUGGGGAAAAUAUCAGAAGAUUCUUUGAGCAUGCAGAGGAGGCCGAGGAAGAAGAGGAUGAUGACUCCAUGGAUAAGGAUGGAAAUGAGCUUGAUGGCGAGUGCUCUCGUCCCCAGAAACAUGCAAAGAGUCCUGAACUUGCUCGAGAAUUUCUCCUAGAUGCUGCAACUGUCAUCUUCAAGGAACAGGUUGAGAAGGCUUUUAGGGACGGAACUGCCCGACAAAAUGCACACAGUAUUUUUGUUUGUCUUGCUUUGAAAUUGCUGGAAGAGCGUGUGCAUGUGGCGUGCAAAGAAAUCAUCACUUUAGAAAAGCAGAUGAAACUACUUGAAGAAGAAGAAAAGGAGAAGCGUGAAGAUGAAGAGCGCAAGGAACGUAGGAGAAUAAAAGAAAGGGAAAAAAAACUGCGCAGAAAGGAAAGGUUAAGAGAGAAAGAAAACAAAGAAAAGAGAUGUGCUGAAUCGAAUACAGAUGCUGUGGUUCUCGAUACUCGAGAUGAGGCAGAACCUUGUGCUGAUGAAGGCGUUAAUACUGGGAACACCAGAGAUUGUGCGAUGGAAACAGGGGAAGCAACCCCCCCAUCCAGUCCUCUGUCCCCUGAUAUCCAAGAUGACCAAUUAUUGAUGGAUUACAGUUCUCCAAAUAUGGGAAAUCACCAUGAUGAUAUUUUGGAAGAGGAAUCUGGCAACACCAGAGAUUUUAACACCUCUUUGCCACAUAUGGGAAAUCACCAUGAAGAUAUUUUGGAAGAGGAAUCUGGCAACACCAGAGAUUUUAACACCUCUUUGCCACAUAAUCACUAUAGGUAUUCUCGCAGGAAACCAAGGUUACAUAAAGAUAUCGAACAGGAUUUGACCUCAAAGUGGUCUGAUAGGAGAAAGGGUGCAGCACCGUCAGAGAGUGAACUCACUAUAGGCAAGCAUGAAUCAAGAUUUCAUGCUGAUGGUUCUGAAUCUACAAGAAUCAAUAAUUGCUUCAAUAAGCAGUUACGAAAGAAUGCUGCAAAGUUCAACCCUAGAAAUGGCCCAAAUUUGAGUGAAAAACUUCAAUGUACCAAUAACAGAGUAGGUGAAAGAUGUGAUUCCCAUGUUUGUAGCUGUAACCAUCCUAAUGACUAUCGAGCAAGGCCAGAGUCGCAUAUGAUGAGAUCAACAGGAGAGCCUAAAUAUGUGAAUAAAUGGGAAUCUUCAUGUGAUAUUUCACAAUCAUAUUAUCGUGGGAAGUGCACUCAAGUUGAUUGCGCACGCGAGAAUAAUGGGCGAGUUAAAGCCAAUGUCAACUGUGGCAACUCACCUGUUACAAAGAAAGUCUGGGAACCUUUGGAUUCACAAAAAAAACGUGUGCCAAGCAACUCAGCUUCUGAUGUCGCCUUGAUGCCCAAAGUUGAAACUACUGAAUCUGAUCAAGUUCUUGAAUCAUCUAGUACUGCUACUUCUAGUGAAUUGACAGAUAUUUUGAUUGAAACUAAUAACGAGGACAAUGAACUGGGGGACUUGGCCAAAUCUGGAAAUGGUACUUGCAGAGACACAGAGAAUGGAUUUCAUUCAAUGGAAAAGUCUGAGAAUUACAUAAAGGUAGAAGAAGCUGAGGAUGGCGAGUUACGUUUCAUGGCUAGACCUCCACUCAGGACGGUAGGGUCGGUGCUGAGCAGCUCAUCCAACUCCGACAGCUGCUCUUCUUGCCUCAGUGAAGGCGACAGCAAUACAUCCUCCUCAAACCGCCAAAAUCUGGAAUCAUCGUCCACAUCAGAUUCAGAAGAAUCUAGCCAAACCUCUGAGGGAAGAGAUAUGCUGCAUUGUCUUGAAAGUAGGUUUGCUGAGUGUCACAAAGUUGUGGAUGAUCAGAUCACAACAAGAGCACAAGAUGCUAACAGCCAGGAACUAGCCUCUGGAGCAACCAAUGCAUUGAGCAGUUUGCCUGCAGAAACAACCAUAUAUUGUGAGAGCCGGAAACCAAAUGCCAGUGUGGAUGCUCAGCCUCAAAGCGUGCUUCCUGCUAGGAUGCAGAAUCAGACUAUACCGUAUCCCAUUUAUCAGGCCCCAACAAUGGCUUAUUACCAUCAAGCUCCAGUUUCUUGGCCAGCCGUCCCUACUAAUGGGUUGAUGUCCUUCCACUACCCCAACCAUUAUUUAUUUGCCAACUGUUAUGGAUACGACUUGAACACUACUAAUCCACAGCUGAUACAGUAUGGGGGCUUACAACAUCUCCCUCUCCCGCUGAUCAAUCCUCUUCAUAUGCCGGUUUUCCCCACUGUGACUGAGCAGGCUAGUGUAGUCUGCACAAAGGAUCACAGCAUAGAUUCAACAGUUGCAGAGGAUGGGCAGAAUGGGGUAGCAGAUAAGGGGAAUGAUGAUUUCUCUCUGUUCCAUUUUGGUGGCCCUGUAGGAUUUAAAGCUGAGGCUGUCAUCUUAAAAGGCAACUCCUCGGAGAAGAGCCCUGAUCCCUGCAGUAGAAAAGAGUCCAUAGAAGAAUACAAUUUGUUUGCUGCCAGUAAUGGCAUAAAGUUUUCUAUUUUCUAAUGGUUAUUAUACAGAGUGACUUCUUAUUGUGGAUUGGUGAUAGAAGGAAGCCUGAGUGAUGGAGAUUUGAGUGCUGUGUAAACAAUAAUCCUCCUCUGCAAAAGAUUUAGGGUUUUUAUUACAUAAUAUAUUGAUUGCUUUUAUUUGCUUGUUA